AUACAAAAUACUGCCGCAAAUAGCAACAAUUUGUUCGGAAUUCCAUUUCAACCGAUAAUCGGUUUCGUAAACGCCAUCAAUAGCAUUUUAGCAAAAGUAUUUUGGGGCGGGCAAUGAACUUUGCAGCAGGCGGUCCUGGUACGGCCAGUGCGAGUACGACUGCAGCAAACAGCAUAUUCAACAAUUCUUUGCUGGCAUCGUCGACGGGAGCUACCACCAUGCCGAUGGCCCAACUGGCGGACGGUUGGCUGGAACUCGAGUCCGAUCCUGGCCUCUUCACCCUGCUACUAGAGGACUUCGGCUGUCACGAUGUUCAGGUGGAGGAGGUGUAUGACCUCUAGAAGCCGAUUGAAAGCCCUUACGGUUUCAUUUUUCUCUUUCGCUGGAUCGAAGAGCGGCGUGCACGCCGGAAAAUAGUGGAAACUACCGCCGAGAUCUUUGUUAAGGACGAAGAAGCCAUAUCCACCAUUUUCUUUGCCCAGCAGGUUGUGCCCAAUAGUUGUGCCACCCAUGCUCUGCUUUCCGUCCUUUUGAACUGCAACGAGAACAAUUUGCAGCUGGGUGACACGCUGAGUCGCCUCAAGGUCCACACCAAAGGCAUGAGCCCGGAGAACAAGGGAUUAGCUAUAGGCAACACCCCGGAGUUGGCGUGCGCACACAACUCGCAUGCCAUACCGCAGGCACGACGUCGCCUAGAGCGAACUGGCGCUGGUGUCACCAGCUGUCGUUUCA